AUGAAACUCAAUGCUUUCUUCACAAAACCAAAAGCUACCCCCAGCACAACGACGGGAAAUGAGACCAAUUCUGCUAGGACAACGACCAAUUUGGCCUCUGAUUCGGCCACUAAAGCAUCUAAACCUGCCUCGGAUUUCGAACUUGAAUUUCCACCCUUCUUCAUUCAGUCACACGUGAAGCUGGCUCCUAACCAUAGGUUUGAGCGAGAUUCAAAUGCAUUAAGUCAUGCAUGCGAGAAACUCGACAACCUCCGUAAAUCCGAUUUCGGACUUGCCAACGAUGACAUCCCAUUGCAACGGUAUAACCCUGCUGAGUUGUUCCAGAUGAUAUCAUAUAGGCGUCGCCAGGGUGAACCAGCAACCCCAUCUGUGAAGGAAAUCCUCCUUAAGCUUCAAGACCCCGAGCUUAAUAGCAUCGACCUUACCGAUACGAAUGGAACGGCAACCCAGGUAGAGAAGUUGCUUCGAAAGAUACCCAUGAAGGUCUUGAAUUUCAGAGAAGACGUCAGGCCUCCAUACCAAGGCACAUUCACCAAACGAUUGGAACAAAGGGCUGCCCGAAAGCUAUGUCGAAAUCCGUUUUGGCGGGGCGUACCCGAGUUUAAUUAUGAUUAUGACUCCGAAGCAGAAUGGGAAGAGCCAGAGGAGGGAGAGGAUAUCCUUUCUGAAGGGGAUGAUGAAGUGAGCGAUGAUGGGGAAGAUGACAUGGAUGAUUUCCUAGACGAUGGAGAGGACGAGUCAGCCAAUACGAAACGGAGAAUGAUUGUUGGAGAUCUCGAGCCGAAAUGCACAGGAAUAUGCUGGGCCGAGGACAGUGCUGAUAACCCAAUAAUGAAUCAACACCGAAUGGAAAUUAUAUCAGAAAACAUAACAUUCCCCAUUGACCCCUUUUCUACUCAAUAUUGGGAGACGAAACCGAAAGUAUCUUCAGGGAAUUCGGCUUUCAAAGUUCCCCAUAGACCAUCCACGGGCAAAUCGCCUUUAUCAAAAUCACAGCAACAAUCAUUAUUAUCACCUUCGUCGGCUGCAAAAUCCUCCAAGCACCUUACUCCAAUGGUGGUUGUACCGAUCAGCAAACCUAAACCACGAAUUCAAUUCCCAGAAGAUAAGCUGGAUGAAUUCAAGGAAGCUGUUUCAGGGAGCAAUCUAACCAAAGCCGGAUUGAUUGAAGUUUUGAAGAAAAGGUAUGCUUCAUUCUCCACCUUACCUUAA